AUGUGCAGCACCAGCCCGAGUGACCUGGAAGAAAUCCCCCUGGAUGAUGAUGACCUAAACAGCCUAGAAUUCAAAAUCCUGGCCUUCUAUGUCAGACACCAUGUCUUCAAGAGAACCCCUGCCACCUUCUCGCCCAAGCUGUUGAGAACAAGAAGUUUGUCCCAGAAAGGAGUGGAGAGUGGCUCAACGAACGAGUCACGGACACAGGUGUCGUGGCCCUGCAGAAACUCCCGAUCCAGUGAGAAGUCAAUAAAUCUUGGCAAGAAAAAAUCUUCAUGGAAAGCACUCUUUGGCGUACUGGAGAAGGAGGAAGACGAGCAGGACUCGUCUGAGCUGCCCCAUAGCCGGGGGCUUCCGACUGCUGUUUCCCCUCAAGGGUCCAGGUCCCUCUCCGCCGUGGAGCAGCGUGGAGAGAAUGAAGACGUGGACCCCAAAGUUGCUUCCAUUGCCAACCGAGUUGCUAAAAUCGUUUAUUCCUGGCCACCACCAGAAGUGCCAUGCCAGGGAAAAAGCUCUGGUGCCAAAUGGGUAAAACAGGCUCUCCACACCCAGCUGAGAGGCGGCGGGCCUGGAGCUCCAAGUUCUAAGAAAGAUGAAGAAGACCAAAUAAUAGCCAAGCUUGUUGAGCUUCUGAAAUAUUCAGGAGAUCAGCUGGAAAAAGAGCUGAAGAAGGACUCAGGUUUGAUGAGUAACUUCCAGGAGGGACUGUCCUACUCUGUCUUCAAGACCAUCACAGACCAGUUCCUAAAAGGGGUGGACACCAGAGGAGAAUCAGAGGUGAAAGCUCGGGGCUUUAAGGCUGCCCUUGCAAUAGACGCCAUGGCCAAGCUCACAGCUAUUGACAAUCACCCAAUGAACAGGGUGCUGGGCUUUGGAGCCAAGUACCUGAAAGAGAACUUCUCACCCUGGGUCCAGCAGCAUGGCGGAUGGGAAAAUAUACUUGGGAUACACGAAGAAGUAGACUGA